UCUUAGUCGCUUUUAUAUUUAAAACUGUGGAGGAGGACGAGAGAGUCUCUCGUCUUGUGGAAUUUGUCGUUAUGCUCAUGCAUUGUUCAGGAGUAAAUAGAUAAACAGAGUGAUAUUCCUUCCUUUUUCCUGUUAUCUGCGGAGGCGGGUCAUGAAAGAGGAAACGAAAGAAUAAUAUAUGUGACUCGUUACGGAUUCACAAAUGUUGGUUUUCGAGCACAGCAUCGAUGGUACAGCGGUACAAUAUUUCCAGCAGUGUUCUUCAGCGAUUCAUUGAAAUGGUGUUUUAUCACAAGUGAAUCAGAUAUGUGACAAGGCACGAUGCACACAUCGUAUAAAAUACUAACGCACAAAAUAAUAACGUCGAAUGAAAAUAAAAAUUCGACGGUUUAUCCGGAACUGAAAACCGGCUUUUAUUACUAUUCAAAAAAACUCCUUUCAUCGAUACAGAAACAAGUCACGGUGAUAGAGUCAGUCGCGAUAUUAGCGACGAUUAUGACAUUGUUGAUACUAGUGAACUUAGCGCAUAUGGAGGAGACAAACAUAGAGCCGGUCGCAUCGCUGAGGUAUGCAUCGCCGAAAUAUGCAUCUAUUGCACGCGCCGUCACGCCUGGAAUAAUGCCGCGAGCUCCGAUGUCACGAAACCAGAUGGAGGAUGUUAGGCGUGAAUUGGACAGGAGAAGAUGGUGGGUGGCACGAAUAUGUGAAACAAUCAACACGAAGAAAUCACACACAGACGCUAUGCUGACGAAUAUCAUCAUCGAUACGGAACACAACGUAUCGUGGUGUCCGAUAUACAAGGCGGCGAGUUCCACGUGGAUGAAUUACUUCGCUGUUCUAAAAGGCACUUUGACGGACGCUACUAUAGACUUAGUGCGUCGCAAUCUUACGCAGGUCAGCGAUAUCGUGACACAGGAUGCGGAUUUUAAUAAGACUUACGAGAAAAUGAGCAAAACGAAGAAGUUCCUCAUUGUGCGACAUCCACUGGAACGUCUCUUAUCUGCAUACAGAGACAAAUUGGAACAUAGGCAGAAUCGCGAAUAUUAUUAUAAACGCUUCGGCCGGCGCAUUGUACUCAAAUAUCGUGAAUCCAGUAACACGACGAAAUUAGAACCAACAUUUAGUGAAUUUUUACAAUUUAUAAUCAGUGAAAAGUACUUUGACGAGCACUGGGUGCCAUAUUAUCGCACCUGUGAACCCUGCAUAAUUAAUUACGACUACAUUAUCAAGUUCGAAACCCUGGACAGGGAUCAGAACUUUUUCAUACAGGAUGCGAAUCUGAAUGGAUACCUAUAUGAGACAAAUUACCCGCGAAAUAUUAAUCCACUGGGCACGACUACCAGGAAAACAUUAGAUGAAUACAUCAAGGGGAUACCGCGAUCACUUCUCAAUGAGGUUUACAAAAUUUAUGAGAACGAUUAUAAAUUGUUCAACUAUUCGUCUGUUUAAUAUUAUUGGUGUCUCUGUUGAUAACUCGAUUUUUAUAUGACGUUUUUAUACUGACAGACGAAGAGAUAAUAAAACUUUACGAACAUUUUAAAUGUGAUAUAA